AGUGAAUCCAGAAGGGACCAUCAGGCAAAGAGCAUUCUAUCGUUGACCAUCAUGAAGUUCUCAACCUUACUUACCGGAGCGUUCCUUGGCCUCACGCCUUUCACAACGUACGCAGCCAACUCGUUCUCGGCCUCCAACUUGUACUAUGCAGCUGGAUUGAAAGAGGAGCAGCAGACAACUCUAUUCGAGGGUCUGCAGAGCGCUGGCGUGAAGGUGCUGCGCGUGUGGCUUGAUGGCCAGAGCCAAGGCCAAAAGGGCACAGAUAUCGAUCCCUUUCCGUCUCUGCAAGGCGACUCACCCACAGCCUGGGAUGAUACCGUCCUCAACCGUCUCGACAAGUUCAUGGUCAAGGCGCACGAUUACGGUAUCAAGCUAUUGAUCUCAGUCCACAGCUACAAUGCCCUCGAAGGCAACAGUGAUUUUUAUGGAAAGUGGUACGGCAAAGGCGACUUCUAUACCAACAGCGACGCCAUCAGUCACUUCAAGGACCGCAUUGCGCACGUGCUUGCACAUGUCAAUCCUGCCAACGGCAAGACCUGGGCACAAAGCCCCGAAUACAUCUUCGCAUUCGAGGCUCAGAAUGAAGCCAUGCACCCUCAGGGCAACGCCAAAGCCCUCCAAUCCUGGCAGUGCACCAUGGCUGAGUCACUGAAGUCCGCACUCGCUGGGAGCACCGAUAUUCUUGUCACGACUGGCGGCGGCGCCUAUCUUGCCAACUCUCUUCUCGACGGAUACUUCAACUGUGCGGCCCUUGACGUCCUCGCCAUCCACGCCUACGGCAUCGGUGACUUCGCCACCGAGAAGCUGAAGCUUUUCGUUGACCGCGCUAUAGCCGCCAACAAAAAGCUUAUCAUGCAAGAGUGGGGUGCGUGCUAUACUUCUGCUUCGAACAACAACUGUAAUGGCGGUAGUCCUAUCAGCACUAGUGCGCGUGAUGCAAACAUCAAGCAGUGGGCAGCACAGAUCGACGCUGCUGGCAUUCCGUGGUUCUACUGGCAGAUUCUGCCAAAUGCGGACCCGCACCACGAUUGGGAUUAUGAGGUCGGUAUCGACGAUAACAACUGGGAGGUCUUGAAGGAGGCGGGACUCGCAGCUGGUCAGGCCGAGAGUGCCUUUGACUUCUCGGGCUGGCUUCUGUAGAAUAGGGAACCUCGGUCAGUCGAGAGGGCGUAAUUUGCUCUGUUGGGUAUGAUUUUGUCUCAGUGUAUCACUCUGUAGCUGGAAGUCUCUAAAGUCAAUAGCCCAUAGUAGCCAUCCGGUCUCUGUGCGAUGGAUAUAUCGGGGCCGUAGCAGUAGCGUUAUCAACAAUCGAGUCAAUUUCGACCUCA